CUUAUUUGUAAAAAAAAAAAAAAAGGACAAGAAUUUAAGAGUGGUAAUUAAGUUGGCAUCAAAAUGCUAACAACAACAACCUUUGAUUCCAAUCAUCGAUUCAAUAUUUCAACAAAUAAACGAACAUAUGCAAUCAAUGAGGAACAACAUUCUAUUACCAAUACACGGAUAAUAUUUGAUCAGUCUAAAAAUGAGCCGUAUCAUUUUCAUUCCGGUUUUCGACAAAUUCAUAAAAGAUUACGCAAUGAAUGGCAUUUAGAAAUUAAUAUGGAUGAAAUUAAUGCAAAUACCUUUAUUGAAUGUUGUUUAUUUGUGAUACCAUACCCGAAAGCAAAAUUUUCACAAAAUGAGAUUGAUCAUCUGAAAAAUUCUAUCGAUAAUGGUAGUAAUGUAUUAGUAUUAAUGAAUGAAGGAGGUGAACAAGCUGCUGAUACAAAUAUUAAUCUUUUACUCAAACAAUAUGAUAUUACUUGUAAUAAUGAUUCCGUAAUUCGGACAACAUUUUACAAAUAUUUUGAUCCAAAGGAAGCAUUAAUUGCUAAUGGUAUCCUAAAUCGUGCGCUUACAUCAACAGCUGGCAAGUUGACAUAUUCAAAUGAUGAGGAAAUUAAUGCACUUGGCCUACAAUUUGUUUAUCCAUAUGGUGCAACAUUGAAUGUUGGCCGAAAAUCUAUAGCAGUAUUAUCUACGGGUAGUGUUUGUUAUCCAAACAAUCGACCAAUUUGCGCAUUUCAUCAAACGGAAAAAGGUGGCAAAUUGAUUGUUAUUGGUUCAGUUCAUAUUUUCACUGAUCAAUAUUUUGAAAAAGAAGAAAACAGUAAAAUAUGGGAUGUUAUCAUGAAAUAUGUAACGGAAGGUUUUGCACUGAAUAUAGUCGAUAGUAGGGAACCGGAUUUAAUGGAUGCGCAUCCUAUACCGGAUCAUAUUUAUUUAUCGGAAAAGAUCAAAGUAUGUCUACAGGAAGAUGAAUAUGAAAUGAAUCAAAGCGGUGAUUUCCUCAAAUACUUUGAUAUUAGCCUAUAUGCUAUGGAUCUUUCUGUUUGGCCUAAAACUAUCAGGGCAUUCGAACAGCUUGGUUUAACACAUGAACCGCUGUCACUUAUUGUACCACAAUUUGAAGUACCACAACCUCCACUUACACCUGCUGUAUUUCCACCGAACUUUCGAGAACUGCCACCACCUCGGUUAGAAUUAUUUGAUUUAGAUGAUAUGUUCGCAUCAGCAGAUGUACGACUUGCUCAGCUUACUAAUAAAUGUGACGAAAAUGAUUUGGAAUACUUCUUGAAGGAAGCUGGCGAAAUUUAUGAUAUCACGAAAUGCUUACCGGAAAAUGAUAGGGGACCGAAAAAAAUACUCGAAUUUGUGCUCUAUCAAUUGGCCGAAUUUAAAAAGUUCAAUCAGGAAAAGGAUGAUGUUGAUGUCGAAAAUCUGAAAAGGAUCUCCGAUGACUUUGAUGAGCCUAUUGGAGGAGAUGAUGCCCAGUAUUUCUCGGAUAUUGAUGAAUAUGAUGACAUGGAUUAAGUAUUCUGGCAAUUUUUGUUUUUUCCUUAGCUGAUGUUAAUUCACUGAUUAUCAGUUGUGUUGGCAAAUAUCUUCGAAAUAGAUAGCAGUAAUAAAGAUUUACUCAACU